AUGUGUGGCGCGUGUCUACAGGGCAAGCUACUGCUUGUAAUGCUGGCUAUGGCCAUGCUAUUGAGCAUUACGCAAGGUUUUUCACUACCAGGUGUUCAAAUGACGACGUAUACAAAGGGCGAGACAUUGCCUAUUUUUGUUAAUAGUCUCAACUCAAUUGAGACUUUAUUGCCUAUUGAUUACUAUAAGUUACCUUUUUGUCAGCCAGCUAAAAUUGAGUACAAAUCGGAAAACUUGGGCGAGUAUCUAACAGCCAAUCGGAUUCAAAAUUCGCCCUACGAAAUCAAAUUUUUAGAAAAUCAGGAAUGUACCGUCGUGUGUCAACGUGAAUAUGAGGAGGAGGAUAUUCAGACAUGGGAAGACAAGAUUAAGGACUCAUACAGGAUCAAUUGGAUUUUAGAUAAUCUUCCAGUUACAUCCGUGUCACUCGAGGGUGGCAUGAUUGUGGGUUUUCCAUUGGGAAAUUUUAAUGCCGAGGUGGAAGUCGUGCCACAGCUUUAUAAUCACGCGAAGAUUCUGAUUGGUUAUAAUAAUAAUCCAUUGGGCACGACAGAUUCACCAGAAGAUGAAGGACGUAUUGUUGAUUUCAAGGUCAUUCCAUACAGCUUUGAGUACGGAGCGAAUGGGUAUGAUGAAAAAAACAAUCGCAUGGAUUUGUGUGAGCAUUCGAGUGGGCUUAAACGUCCACUCUAUGUGCGUAAGAACAAGGAUGGUAAAUUGCCUGUGUUUUGGACUUAUAGUGUCGAGUGGGUACUGGAUAAUGAACAUGACUGGCGCACACGCUGGGAUGUCUACUUUGACGCUGGUUCAGGUGGUGAUGAAGUGCACUGGUUCUCCAUCAUCAAUGCUCUUGUAAUCGUGCUUUUUCUUAGUGGAAUGGUGGGCGUGAUUCUCAUGCGCAGCCUUCAUCGUGAUAUCAGCCGCUACAACCGCGUACCUACGGAAGAGGAGCGCGCUGAGGAACGUGAAGAAUCUGGCUGGAAGCUUGUGCACGCUGAUGUGUUUCGUCCACCGUCAAAGCAUCCUAUGCUUUUUUGCGUUAUGGUGGGCACAGGCUGCCAACUGCUUGGCAUGGCGCUUGUUACGCUCCUUUUUGCUGCUGUGGGCGUGUUGGCACCUUCGAACCGUGGUAAGCUGGUGAUUGCGUUGCUGGUGUGUUUCGUAUUGCUAGGUGUGCUAGCGGGUUUCACAUCAUCUCGCACUUACAAGAUGUUUAAGGGCAAGCGCUGGCAGAUGUGCACAGUGCUUACGGCUGUACUAUUCCCGGGCAUUAUGUUCUCGCUCUUCUUCUUUCUGAACCUUUUCGUGUGGGGCGCUGGUUCGGACGCCGCUGUGCCAUUCGGCUCUAUCCUACUGGUCUUUUUCCUCUGGACCGGCAUUUCCGUGCCACUUGUAUUUGCAGGAGCUCAUAUUGGUUUUAGAAAAGAACCUAUUACGUUUCCUGUGGCAACAAGCAACAUCCCUCGCCCUGUGCCUCCUCAGCCUUGGUAUAUGGCGCACAUGAUGGCGGCAGCCGUGGGCGGCGUGCUUCCAUUUGGCGCGAUUUUCGUGGAGCUUUUCUUUGUGCUGUCGUCGCUGUGGACAGACAAGUACUACUACGUGUUUGGCUUUCUGUUGCUGGCAUUCCUUAUCCUUAUCAACACGUGCGCCGAGAUCACGAUCGUGUUUACCUACUUCCAGCUAUGCGCCGAAGAUUACAAUUGGUGGUGGCGGUCGUUCUUCGUAUCAAGUGCUUGUGGUGGCUACGUAUUCCUCUACUCGACGUAUUACUUCUGGACACGUUUGGACGUGGCAAACUUCAUUGGCGCCAUGCUCUACUUUGGUUACAUGGCUGUUAUUUCUGGUGCGCUGGCCUUGCUGACAGGAGCUGUUGGUGUUGGUGCUUCAUUGUGGUUCACACUUAGGCUUGUGGGCUAUUCAUUACGUGACUAA